AUGCGAUGCAGCAAUGCUGGCUACGACUAUGAUGAAGAAGACGUCCAGUGGACCUGUACCGCAUCCCUCCCCCAAGAGUUCAAGCUUGGUUCUACAGAUGUUGUCUGCGAGGGAUACCGAAAUGCAGAUGACAAGUGGGUACUGAAAGGCAGCUGCGGUGUAGAGUAUCGACUAUUAUUGACAGAACUUGGAGAGCGGAAAUUUGGACGUGUACGCGAAGAAACUAGGCCUAGAAUGCCGUUGAACAACAAUGAGAACGGCAUGGCUUCACUAGGAGAUAUACUCUUUUUUGGGCUCAUGGGUGCGGUCUUCUUGGUGAUUCUGGUAGCCAUAUAUAAUGACUGUUCUGAUUCGCGAGGAAACCGAAGAGGCCGCACCCCUGGUCGUGGGUUUGGCGGCGGAGGUGGUGAUGGUGGUGGUGGUGGUCCCUAUCCUGGGCCUCCACCACCCUAUAGCAGCUGUCCGGAUAGUAGUUCUUUCACAUCGGCACCUACUGGGCAAGGCUGGAGACCCGGCUUCUGGACAGGUGCCCUUGGUGGUGCCGCGGCUGGCUAUCAGUAUGGGAGAAGAAAUCGUCACGAAUAUCCUUCUGCUGGCCGGCGAGCGACUUCCUUCGGCAGAUGGAAUGAUGCAAGUGAUCCUGGAGAAGGCAGCCCGCGGUCCCGUUCUCCUCAGUUCUCUACUCCGACUACAAGUACAGGGUUCGGUUCAACGAGGCGUCGGUGA